AUGUGGAUCCCGUCCAUAUCACCUGGUAUGAGCGACCUUCCAGGGAAAACGACCGCCACCGUGGAAGAAACCAGCAGCACAUGGCACCAGGCCUACACAAACUCGGGCUACAGCCCUGCUCCAACAUCACCCGAACACUUGUGCAGGGCCUGUGGAGGCCACUUCGACACGGCAAGCAAGAAUGUGUGUGUAGACUGCAAGAAGCACUUCUGCAGCCGUUGCUGGGUGCAGCCCGAGCUCAGGCCCGCGCUGUGCCAGACGUGCCGGCGCUUCGUCGGGACUCGUUUCGAGCGGAGCCAGCUGAUGGGGCUGAAGGUGAAGGAGCUGCGCGACUACCUGCACCUGCACGACGUCCCCACUCACACGUGCCGCGAGAAGGAGGAGUUGGUGGAGCUUGUGCUGGACCAAAACACACCCAGCAGCAGCAGCAACAGUAGAAGCAGUAGUAGCAGCAGUAACGGUUGCAGCAACUCCGCCCCUCCGCCAGCCGCCCCAGAUGUCUCGCAGUCCCACACUCCUCCAUCCCAAGCAGCCGAGGAGCCGGGGACUCUCACAGAGGAGGACGAGGAGGAGGAAGAAGGUGAAGAUGAAGAUGAAGAGGAUGAUGACGACGAUGAGUCAACAGACAGCGAGGAGACAUUGGUGCACAGUCGCAGGGCCUCUCUGUCUGAUCUGAGCAGCGUGGAGGACAUCGAAGGUCUUACAGUGCGGCAGCUGAAGGAAAUCCUGGCACGCAACUUCGUCAACUACCAGGGCUGCUGUGAGAAGUGGGAGCUGAUGGAGAGAGUUACACGGCUCUUUAAUGACCAGAAAGACCUCCACAAUCUGGUUUCAAACACUAAAAACGAGUCAGGCACAGUAGCGGAACCAGCCGAGCCGAGUGGCCAGGAGGAGAACCUGUGUAAGAUCUGCAUGGACUCGCCCAUCGACUGCGUGCUGCUGGAAUGUGGCCACAUGGUGACCUGUAGCAAGUGUGGCAAGCGCAUGAGCGAGUGUCCCAUCUGUAGACAGUACGUGGUGCGCGCCGUGCACGUCUUCAGAUCCUGAUGGAGGGCCAUGAAGCGCCUGAGAACCUGGAGAGCGCUCCUUUAAUAUCCACACACAUUCCACAUACUGUUCCUGUAUGGAGGCCAUGAGAGAUGUGAGGCUCAGUCAGCUUUCUUUUUGGUUCUCCUUAUCGUUUCCUACAAGACUUCUAACUUAUUAUUUUUAUUUUUAUUUUUGCUUAAUCUGGGGAUCUCGGCAUGCGUAUCCUUUUCCGCACCGUCCUCCAUUAUAACAAUCCGCUGUGACGUUUGACUGUGAAUGGACACGUUCGGUUGCUAGCUAGAUAUCUAGCACAUUUUCAGAAACAGCUAACUUUAUCAUAUAAUAACAUAUCAUGAAAUUUAUUAAGCUAGGAAAGAACAAGCAAACUCAGCUUAUCUAGCGAACAUAUCUCUGCAGCUGUAGCGUGUUUGGUUAGGUAGCUGUUAUAGCAAAUGUCGCUGACUAACAAUGUCUUUUUUGGCUCCAGGGAAGAGGGGGCCGUAGGCAAUUUGCAUAGUUGCCAUCUAAGCUGCUUUCCAGCACGUGUCCAUGGUGACCAUUUGAGUUAUUGUGUUUUUUUUGUUUUCUCAUCACUGUGCAUUAUGCCUUUGUUGACUUUUCUUCAUGUGUUUUUAUUGCACAUGGACACCGAGUGUAAGACAGGUUAAGGACGUUUAUACCACAGCAUUGUUGAAUUCUCGAUCCUGAUUGGUCAGUAGGUUGCUUAACAACAUGCAGAUUACAGGGGCACAUUAACGCGUACGAUCCAAUAUGUUUAACUGACAGGUGCAAACGCUCUAUGUAAUCUAAGACUAAAUAACAAUCUGGCAACAAUCUAAUCAUACUUAACAAAGAAAAACGUGUAAAUUUAGCACUUAUGGAAGAAGUCUCCAGCAUCAGCGCUUUGUAAGUUUUCGAUCUCGUGAAAGUCUCCCGAAUAGAGGACUUUGCUCAUCAAGGUUUCUUAUUAACGUCAAGGAAAAAGAAAGAGACGUGGUUGAGGGAAUAACUCUUUAUAGCUGCUAUAAUGAAUUCACAACAUUAAAUGUAACUAUAAGCAGCGUGUUGUUCUUUAAUUAAUCAAAAAAAAAAUGUAAUCACUGUCAAAUUGCUGUGGUAUAAGAGGAAUAAAACACACUGUUGAUUGUUUUCCUACAGUAUAACAGCACACCUCCAAGUGUUUUAUUCCGUUAUUUAGUUCAUGGUUCAGUUUGAUAACUGCAUGUUGUUUCAUGCCAUUAAUAGAAUACUUUGUUCAAUACACUGUGGUUUACCAACUUAGUAGUGUUUUGAACAGCUAUAGUCAUGGUGGUGGUGUGACUGUAGCUGUGUGCUAAAACAGCUCCAGGUGCAAAGCUAAUGUGUAGGCUGCAUGUGCAUGUCUAUAAUCAGGUGCUACUUUCACUUCUUUGCUUUACAAAACAGAUCUCACGGGCCUUAUCUGUGGAAGUGUUUUCAUGUCAAAAUUCAUCGUACAUAAAUGAAACAGUGAAAUAUUAACAUUACGAAUAAUACAAAUUUUUCCCACAAAAGUGCGGGUUCCUCCCACUUCUGAAAAACAUGCUGGUUAGUAGAUUGCCUACGCUAAAUUGCCCCUAGGUGUGAGUAAGUGUGUGUGUGCAAUGGAUAGGCGUCCUAUCCAGGGUGUAUUCCUACCUUACACCCAGUGUUACCCAGCUCCGGAUUUACAACGAUUCUGACAAGGACACAUGUAAUGAAGAAAUGAUGAAUGGAUGAAUUAAAUAUAUUUUACAGUUCCUUAUAUUACAAUGUUCAUGUAGCAAUAACGCAUCUCAAUUUGCAUACUCUCAAUUUUUUUUUUACAAUGCUUAUGAAUCAUUCUGGGGGGCACGGUAGCCUACUGGUUAGCAUGUUUACUUUGCACCUCCAUGGUUUGGGGUUCGAAUCCUGCCUUCGCCGUGUCUGCGUAGAGUUUGAAUGUUCUCAUCGCGUUUCCUCUGGGUAGUCCGGUUUCCUCCUCCAAAGACGUGUUGUAGGCUGUUUGGCAUUUCCAAAUUUUCUGUAGUGUGGUAGGAUUGGCACCCCGUCUUGUGCUCCGAUUCUCCUGGGAUAGGCUCCAGGCUCCCCGACGUCCCUGCGCAGGAUAAGCAGUAUGGAUGGAUGGAUGGAUGGAUGGAUGGAUGGAUGAAUCACUGGUUACACUGGUUUAGUUUUAAUCAUGAUUGACUUCAUAGGGUGGAGGAGAUGCAUUCAUGUAUGAUGACUUUUGACAAGAAAACAACUCUGCUAUCUCUUUCUUUUUUUAAAAUGUUUUUAUUUACACUAAAUCUCCAUGAUGCGUUUGCAAAAAGAGCUCUGCACUGUUCACAGUGUGGCGAAGGUACACUAUACAGCCUCAUCGCCAUCUUCUUUCUUAUGCACAGUAGACCGUUGUGAUGAGCUGGUGGUUUCUGGAUGGUUCCAUGGUCUUCCUUCAGAUGCGUGCAGCUGUAACACUAGCCUUGGUCUGUGUUAGUCACAUGGUGCUCUUAUUACUGCCCACGCGUCCACUUAGUGCUCAAUGCCGGAGAGGAGCUUUUUAACACACUCGUAGAUAUGUUACCCCAGGGGUUCUCAAACUUCAAACCAGGGACCUCUUUAGAUGUAAAAAAAAAAAAAAAAAAAAAAUUAUAAAAAUAAAUCCAGUAACUGCCUCAGUACAGGUUUAUAUUACAAUUCAAAUAUUAUUUUCCUUAUUUACAAGUGUACAAUAACAUUUUGCCUAUUUAUUG